AUGGAAAUGAUUUCUAGGGUUUUAAAUGCCAAAAAUUGCUAUUCUAUAUUUGAAGAAUGUAGUAGAAUGCUUUUAAUAAUGUCAGUGAUAAGUUUUAGUGUUCUAAUGACUUCAUAUGAGGAGAUUGAUAUUAACUGGAUUGGUUUGGUUUACCAAAUGGGAGGUGUUGUUGGGGAAGCUUUGAGGCUUAUAUUCAUGGAGAUUUUUGUUAAAAUGAAGGGUCUCAAACUAAACCCUAUUUUUGUCAUGUACUACGUUAGUCCCUGCAGUGCUCUUUACUUGUUCAUUCUGUGGAUUUUUCUAGAGAAGCCAAAGAUGGACGCCCAAGGGACAUGGAGCUUUCAACCUGUUAUCCUAACACUCAAUUCUCUCUGUACUUUUGCACUCAAUCUAUCAGUUUUUCUUGUGAUCUUGCAUACAAGUGAUUUGACAAUUCUUGUUGCUGGAGUUGUCAAGGAUUGGGUGGUUGUCUUACUAUCAGCCCUUCUAUUUGCUGAUACAAUGUUGACAAUGAUAAAUCUGUUUGGUUAUGGCAUUGCCAUUGCAGGUGUAGCUGCGUAUAACAACCACAAGUUGAAAAAGGAAGCUUCUCAAGGCUCCUUUGAUGAGUCCCAACAUGCUGAAUCUAGGCCAUUAACUUCAUCCUCAACUAUUGAAAGCAAUCAGGUUAAGAAGCUCUGUGACUUGUGCAACAUAACUGUAAAUAAGAAUGUUGUGUUCGGUGACAACAGUGCCUUGUCCCCCGGAGGGGUACGAAUUGGUGACUUCCCGCAAUGUGCAGGGGUAUGGCUCUACUGUGGCGAGAGACUGUUAUGGGUCUAUGUGUACUUCCCGACAUUGGCCCCGGAGAUGUUGGCAGCGGAACCUCUCGUGACCCCAUACUCACUGAUUACAUGGCAGCCAUGGGCGCCUUUGGGUGAGGGCCUCCGAUUCCAGUUUGCCGGAGGAUGGGGUGCCUCUCGAUACAGGAUCCUGUUCGAAGGGCCAGUUGGCAGGACAUGGUUUUUGGGAGAGCGCUUCUUGCGUCAGGUCUGGGGGUACACCUCUCAGGACCCUCCUUCAGCACCCCCAGAUGAUAUGCGGAUUGCUGAUAUGCUCAUUUCCCAGGAUGUUGUUAAUGCUAUGCUGGGUGUAGAGCACAUCUGA